AUGUAUCAAUAAAUAGAUAUUAUACUUGUUGCUGCUUCUAAUCUCUUCUGUCAAUCUUGUCCUGGUGCUACUGUCAAUGGAGUACCAGCUAUCUUUGCUAAUACUGCAUUAACUGGUUGUGUUGCUUCAAUUGGAAAUUGUAGUAGAUCUACUUUAUGGACUAAUGCAGAUUGCCUUGCAUGUAAUGGAAAUACUGCCUAAUAUGCUAAGGCUAAUUAAACUAGUUGCUAAGCAACAGCUCCACCUAGUGCUGAUGUUAAUUGCUCUGCUGCAACAUGCACAACUGCUGGAACUUGUUAAGCUGCUCCUACUACUCCUUCUGGCUUGUCCUGGUAGAAUGGUUCAACUUCUGGAAAAUGUGCUAUUAAUAAUUGUCCUGCAAGUACUUCAUUAGGACUUGUUGCUGCUUCUGAUCUCUUCUGUCAAUCUUGUCCUGGUGCUACUGUCAAUGGAGUACCAGCUAUCUUUGCUAAUACUGCAUUAACUGGUUGUGUUGCUUCAACUGGAAAUUGUAGUAGAUCUACUUUAUGGACUAACGCAGAUUGCCUUGCAUGUAAUGGAAAUACUGCCUAAUAUGCUAAGGCUAAUUAAUCUGGUUGCUAAGCAACAGCUCCACCACCUGGUGCCGAUGUUAAUUGCUCUGCUGCAACAUGCAAAACUGCUGGAACUUGCAUAGCUGCUCCUACUACUCCUUAGCAGCAGCAGCUCCUUCUUCUUCUGCUUCAACAAACUCAAUAAUAAUUUUGA